AAUGCUUUUUGUUCUUGAUACAAUGGUUAGUGCAGCUGAUACAACUUCAAUUAGUGCUUCUUCAUUUUUUGGUUUUAUGGGAGUCACAAUGGCUUUAGUUUUAGCAAGUAUUAAUUAAGAAUUAAUCUUUUAGAUUUAGGUGCAGGUUAUGGAACAUUCAAAGCAGGUGCUGGUAUUGCAGCUAUUGGUAUUUGGAAACCUGAAAUAAUAAUGAAAUCUUUAAUACCAGUAGUUAUGGCAGGUAUUUUGGGUAUUUAUGGUAUGAUUGUUGCAGUUUUGCUGUCAUAAAAAGGUAUUUAUGAGUUUUAUAACAAAUAUUAGUUAAAAGUCCAUUAGAAUACACUUAUAAAUCAGGAUUUGCACAUAUGGCUUCAGGAUUAUGUUGUGGUUGCAGUUGUAUUGCAGCUGGUUUUGCAAUUGGUAUAGUAGGAGAUGUUGGUGUAAGAGGAAAUGCAUAAUAAGAGAGAUUAUUUGUUGGAUUGAUUUUGAUUCUCAUAUUUGCAGAAGCUUUGGCAUUAUAUGGUUUAAUUGUAUCUUUGAUAUUAUCACAAUCAUGAGUUU